AUGGAGGUGGAAACAUUCUGCUUUGGGGAGCUGAAGCUUCCAGAGGCCAAGCAUCAGCCUCAACACCUGAAGGAUUUGGAGAGGAUCUUCAGAGAGAAGUCGACCAACAUCCUUCCUGAGAUGUGCACAGACCUGGAGACCAGCGUCACAGCAAUCACAGCAAAGAUGUGUAUCUACGGUCUCCUCUCGUUUGUGGUCACUUCUUUUGAGGAGGAAAGCCUACAGACUGGUGGUCAGGCGGCUCAGUGCUCCCACCUCAUCGAUGCUGCCUGUGAAGUGCUCUCUGCUCCAAAUCUGGCAGAAGUGUUUUGGGAAAUGAAACCGAACAUGGGACUGGGAAUGAUUCUGGACAGUGCAGUCGGGAUGUUCCCUCACAAAAUUGGACCUCUGUUACAGCUUCUAACUGCACUUCUGUCAAACAAGUCCACUGUGAAAAAGGUA